GGUAAACAAAGUUUAGCGUAGGUUAUCGAUUCUGUUUUCCGAUACUUCAAAUCCGAGCCGAGUUCACCUCGCUUCUUCGCCCAUGGAUUAUCGUCUUCCCACGGCGGGUUUCUGCGAAUCAAUUCCGUUGUUGCAGGCCUAUUUACCAGCAUUUUGGGCGAGGAGAGGCAGUAAUCGAGAAAUAUUGAAGAUUUGCGGCUCUCUCUGCUUUGCUAGAAGUCGAGGAUUUGGUGCCGAGCCAGAAAAGAAGGGGAAGGUUAGUGAUACGAAGACUCCAAAGGUGAACAUACCAAUUUCAUCCGAACAAGGCAAGCUAACUUCUGGAGCUCCAAGGACAAGAACAAAAAAUGAACAAGAAUUAGCAGGGACUACCGGAGGAAAAUUAAAUAUUCCUUCUUUAGACCGCCAGUUUUUGGAGAAGGUAGAAUCCGUUAGAAGGUCAGCAUACGAGCAAAAGAAAGCUGAGGGAGAGAGAAUUUUUCAGCCUAUUGAUUAUGAUGCUCCAAUUGAAUCUGAACAAUCCAAAAUUGGACUGGCUACUAAGAUUGGUGUUGGAGUUGCUGUUGUUGUUUUCGGUGUGGUUUUUGCUUUUGGAGAUUCCUUUCCAUCUGGAAGUAGUAUAACAUCUGGCGAUAAUACUGUGAGGGAGAAAAAGCUUUCAGAGAAAGAAAGGUCAACCCUUGAGGAAUCAGUUCGGCAAUUUCAGGAGGCCCUUAGUAAAUCGCCCGAAGAUCCUACUGCUCUUGAAGGAGCAGCAGUUACAUUGGUAGAACUAGGAGAAUAUCAAAGAGCAUCAGCUCUUCUUGAAAAGCUAAUCAAGGAAAAGCCUGAAAGUGUUGAUGCAUAUCGCUUACUAGGUGAAGUAAAAUAUGAGCUGAAAGAUUUUGAGGGGAGUGCUUCAGCCUAUAGAAGUUGCUUAUCAAUUUCUAAGAGCUUGGAUUUUGAUGUUCUUCGCGGGCUUACAAAUGUACUGCUUGCUGCUAAGAAACCUGAUGAUGCUGUUCAAGUUCUUUUGUCAUUGCGAGAAAAUAUAAAUGAUGCUGAAAACAUUGGUCUAAAAGAUUCAACAACUCAAUUGAAUGAUGUGGACAGAAAGAGCAAGGGGGUUGACCCUAUACAAGUUGAGCUGCUCCUUGGAAAGGCAUACUCUGAUUGGGAUCACGUCAGCGAUGCUGUAGCUGUUUAUGAUCAACUCAUUUCUAAGUACCCAAAUGAUUUCCGGGGUUACUUGGCAAAGGGAAUUAUUUUGAAAGAAAAUGGCAAAGUUGGAGAUGCAGAAAGGAUGUUCAUCCAGCAGGCAAGGUUCUUUGCUCCAGAGAAGGCAAAGGCACUUGUUGACAGGUAUGCAAGGCAAUGAAUUCAGCCUCCAAUAAUAACAGACUUAUGACCAUCUAUCCAAAGUUCAAGUGGGUCCCACAACUGUCCUGUGAUGGUUGCCUGUCUUCAGCAAAUGCCUUGAGCCAGUACAUGCACAUGCCUGCUGUUGCUUGUCUGCAACACAUGUCUUCAGCCACUGCAUGCACAUGGCAGCCUCGAGUCAAUAAUUACUGCAACAUGCGUUAUUCCUCUGUCCUCUGUAUUGAAGGAUGUCAGUUUGGUCGUCUCAGGAGAUGUUUGGCGGCAUAGUUUUAAUUGGUUUUUGAAAAUUGAAUUCAACGCUCCGUUAAAUAAAAAUUUCUCGCAUUUCAUAUUUAUUUCUUUCGUUCCAUCUCUUUUUCGA